UGAUACUACAAACAAGACCAAAACACAAGCAACAUGACGAGAACAAAGAAAUGGACUGUACACGAGAAGGCGUCGACCCCCAGAUUUUUCACCCAUAAUGGCCAUUUUAAUACAGACCCCAAUAAGGUCAACAAGAAUGGAAGCGGCAAGUUCAACUGGGGCAAGCCAGGCGACGAGCUUAUGGAUGAAAGUGAAUUUCCUAGUACGGGCAGACGGAAUUCAAACCACAUGGCAAAUGAGCAGGAUAUGCAA